GCAGACCGUCGAAACGCGUCGGGCGCGGCUGGCGUCAAGUCACUGGAGACGACCGGACCGGACAACCUACAGCUUCCGGAACAACUUCCGGCCCAGUACCAAGAGAUGAUGCGCACGUGGUUGGUGCACCGAAGCUCGUGUCCAGUUGAAUACGCGUGGGUAGACUUGGGCAAAUCGUUUUGGCCCAGGUGGAUAAAAAAUGGCCGGUGCGGUCGAUCGGAAAUGAUGAGCUGCAGUUGGCCUCCGGGCAUGUCGUGCAUGCCUUCUUCAAUCAGAGUACUCAACCUGUUGCGAUGGCAUUGUUGGUCAGUCGAUUAAUACUAUAUACAUAUGGGUUAGGUAUUAGAUUGAGUUUGACAUGAAAGGAAAAAUAAUCUGA